GGAGAGACUUCGGAUGCUGCGCGCGCAUGCCCUUGCCACGGAGGAUGCAGAGCUUCUCCAGCUACUUCAGCACGAUGUGCAGUUCUACCAAGAGGGGGCGAAGCAAGAGAAAACCGCCGAAGACUUCAAGGAGGAAUACGAGAAGAAGCUGGCUGAUCAAGAGAUGGUGUGGAAGGAGGUGAUGAAGGAGAAGGACUACGAAAUGGAGUGCGUCCGGCAGGAGAUGGACCGUUUGAAGGAAACAAACGCUGAGCUGAGGGACAGGCGCGUGUCAGACAAGUCCGGGGCCUUGCAGAAGAAGUUGGAGAAGGCGGAGUCGAUCGUGGAAGAGGCGGAGGAGGAGCUGCGACGGUCUCAGGAGGAAGCUCGGAAGUGGAAGGGCGAGCACGGCGCCCUGCAGAAGCAGCUGAUGGCCGCUCAGGCGGCCAAGGGCGAGCGAGAGGCCGAGCUCCAGGUGCAAACGGAGGCAGCGCAGCAGCAGCAGGAGAAGUUGGAGAGCCUCCAGAGCCAGCUCGCCUCGACGGAAGCCGCAGCCAGGAGGGCGGAGUCCGCAGAGCAGCGCUUGCAGAAGGAGCUUUAUCAAGCCUUGCAAGCCAAGAAGAAGCCACGGCUUGUGAGGGAGUUUAGGACCCACAUCAGCAUCCCGCCCGAUGGCCGACUCGAGCGAGCAGAGCAGGAGGCAAGGCGCCUCACAACGGAGGUUGCCGGCUUGGCCGCCGCCCUCGCGGAUGCCAAGGCAGAGGUGAGCCGCCUGCAGGAAGUGAUGCUCGAGAGCGACAGUGAGCUGCUCGAGAGGAGGCAGGAGGCCGAAGCACUGGCGGCGCAGUUGCGCGACGCCCGGCAUGCCUGCGAGCUGGAAUCCCAAAAGUCACAGGAGGCCGCUCGCCAGUUGGAGGCCGAGAAGCAGCGGAGCAGGGAGCGCCUGAGCGAGAUCCGGGCUUUGGAGCAGAAGCACGAAGCCGCGCAGCAGCAGGCUGCAGCAGACCUCGAGCAAGCGGAGGCCCGGGCCCAGGAGGCCGAGGCGCGGAGCGAAAGCAAGCGCGCGCAGGAGGCCGAGGCCCAGAGGGAAAGCUCCGAAGUGCAGGCGCUGGCGGCCCUGGCCAGGAGAAGGGAUGUAGUGAACCAACUCCAGCAGACCGAGGAGAGCGAGGAGAGGGAGGAGAUUGAGAGGCUGAGGAAGGAGCUCCAAUGUCUCAAGAGCCGGGAGUCUGAGUUGCUGCGACAACUGGACGAGACCUUGGCUCAAAACAGCAUCACCUCCGAGGACAAGCAGUGUCAGACCGACGUCUUGCAAGAGAAGGCGCCGCUGAAGAGCCCAGAGCCUGCUGGAAAGCAGGAUCCUGCCUCCAAGAUGGGGGAGUUGCCGCGCCAAGGAACCGGAGGUCCCUGCCUAGACCCAGACGCCCCUUUGGGGAACGAUGAGAUGGUGGAUUACCCGCGAGUUCUCGCAAUGGGGGGUGGCUGGUUACAGGGGGUGAGCCUGAGCUGGCGUGGGAAGUUGCGACACUUUUCCAAGCAGACCCAGACGAGCCGCUCGCCGAGUGCAGGUUCUCCGGGAAGGACCCCAAAGCAACGGACACGUUCGCCCGACCGUGAGCGGCACAUGCCUUUCGAACUGACCGCUGAGGGUCUCUCACGUGGCCGCUCCCCACAGCCGCAGCCCUUCCCCAAGACGGCCAAGGUGCUUCUACCUUUGACAGCCAAAGCUAAGCGCAGUACCGUCUGCCGUUCCCCGCCUCGGCUGCACCCCAACAACCCGAACGUCAAGGCAGAGGCCCAGCGGCAGGCGCAAGCCCAGACCCGGCCGUCCCGAUCGCCGGAAUCCCGAGAGAAGGCCUCCAACCGAGUGCCGGACGUAGAGCGACCCCGCAAGGCUCGUGCCAGCUCGCCCCACAACCCUGCGGCAGGGCACCCUCUGGGCGGCCCAGACCCCGACUCUGUGGGACCACCCGGGCUCGAGAGCCAAUCCUCCGGGGAGCCGAACUGCUUGGGAUCAGGACCCCUCGGGAGCCUCUGUCGAAGCAGCGAAACCGAGCCGGCACACGUGCUGGCGAGCAUCGACAUGUCCAGGGCGGCUACGCGCCAGAGCGCAGAUGCAAGGACGAACACGUCAAGGGCCGCCAAGGACACCGGCACAAUGCGCCGGUCGGCUCCGGAGGCGGCUUCGA